AUGUCACAAAACCAUUACACUGGUGUUAAAUCAGUGGAUGAGGAUGUCGAAGGAGUAGCUGAGAAUUCCAAGAUAUCGUGGACGCUAUUUUUAAGACAGUUAUUCGUGGUGGGUGGAGUAUGGACGAUAUAUUUCGUGCUUGGUUUAUGUUAUGGGGCGCCCAACGUCAUCAUACCACAAAUACGGAGGGAGGCUAACUCUACUGAAGCUGUCAGUGAAGAUAUGGCUUCUUGGUUAUCAUCAAUCCACGGCUACGCAGCGUUGCCAUGGAUACUCAUACUACCGAUACUCUCCCGGCGGUUCGGAAGAAAAGUGCCGUUCGUUAUAUUGUGUAUCAACACACUAAUUGGAUACGUCGUGUUUUAUUUCAGCACUUCAACUAUUAUACUUCUAAUUAGUGAAAUAAUGCAAGGUAUGCUGAUCGGCAGCAAUAUGACACUGUUGAUAGUUGUUGUCACUGAAUACACCUCGCCGCGAUAUCGAGGUAUUUUUAUGACAGUUAAAUCCACCAUAUUCUUUUGGGGAGUGUGGAUUGCCAACGCCACUGGCACCUUCAGCCAUUGGAAGAAUAUUGCUAUCAUCGCUUUCGACGGAAAACCAGCAGACGUUUUGGCUGAUGGUAAGCAAUCGGCGCCGCCCAUGGACUCCCGCAACAAAAAGGAGUUACGAGUGCGUUGCCGGCCUUUUACGGAUAAGUGUUUCGGAUAUUAA